UACAGUCUGAAAUUAUAGAGUGAAAAUAUUGAUUAUUUUUUUAAAUAAAUUUACGUGAAUUUACUUAUAGGUUGUAUAUUCUAUAAUUUUGAUCAUUUCAGGAUAAACAAACUAAAGGAAACAAUCCCGGAAAAAAUCUCAAAGGUCAGCAAUGUAGAGCGAGAAAACAUCAUACAGGUCCAAUAAGCAAUACAUAUAUAAAGGACAGCAUAGCAAGAUCAAAAGCUAUAGCUAAACGAAAACCUACAAUCCUAAAAAAAAUGAAAGAAAUGCGCAGUGCCACUGGUACGAAAUGGUGGGCCAAAUGGGAGACUUUGAGUGGGCAAAAAGGGACUUUUAGCACUGAAGAUCCGGAAAAAGAUACACAAUUUGAGUCUGAAAAUAACAACGAAGUACCACCAGUUAUAAAUGAAGCAACAACUGCUCAAGUACAGUACCCAGAACCACCGGCUGUUAAUACAUCUGAAAUAUCAGAGACAGAAAGCGUGACCCGCAGACGAAAGAAAGUGAAUGAUGAAAGUUUGUGCGAGGUGUGCUCAAAAGAGCAUGUUGGAAAAGGUAAAAGCGGCAAAGUAAAGAAAACAUGCAACUGGUUGAAUUGUGAAGUGUCAACCUGUUCAUACUGGGUCCAUGCACUUUGUGUAGGAUUUGUUUAUCAAAAAGAGUCUGAUGUGAAAAAUGUAAAGUAUUAUUGCCCUGUGCAUAUUAAAAAAUUUAUGUGAAACGUUUUGUCGCUUGAAUUAUUUUACUAUGUAAUUAAUACCUUUUAUCUUUGCCCAGUCUUCCUCCAACACCAACGCUUCACUCACAUUCCCUAACUGUUUGAUUUCUUCAAUAAGUUCAUGUAUUAUGUUACAUAUCUGGUCCUUUGUUUUUCUGUUUAUAUCAAAAAACUUGUCUCUGUCAUUUAUUGUAACAAACACUGGUUCUAAACGCAAAUUUCUU